GUGAAAGUAUCAGGUGCGUGCGAACUGUCCUCAGUCGUCAAACUGUCCUCCACCAGUCAAUAGAAGACUUCUGUCUCUCCAAACCGUCUGUUUGCAAGGAUUAUCACAGUCCACAAGCUGGGAAGUCGUCCACGAUGUCGCUGUCAUCGCCUUCUGUCAAGGUCUGGGUGCUUCUCGUCGUCGUCUCUGUGACACGAGGUCAGACCGUGACCCCUCCCUGCACGACUCUCAACCAGGUGAUGUCACAUCCCACGGACUGCAGGCGCUACAUAGAGUGUGUCAAUGGUCAGCCGUCUGACCGACCCUGUCCCCCGGGUACCGUGUUCAGCCUCCGCGUUGGAAUCUGUGUCUGGUGCUGGGAAAGGUUUUCUGACCUUUGUCUGAAGAAAGAAUGUAUGCCCAAGAUGUGUUCCUCUGCAUUGGUUGCUCAUCCAAGCAAGUGUCACCAGUACUACAACUGCACCGGAGGGUCAACUCUCAUCCGUUACUACAGACCCAACGACAGGGAAGUGGAAGAAGACUAUCUGUACGAGUGUCCCUAUCCCGAGCUCUUCAGUGAGGUGACCUCGCGAUGUGAGGACUACAGAGAUGUGCAAUGUGGACAGAGGUUCCUUCCCCUUGGCAAAUGUGAGUACACCAAGAACCAGUGCCAGUUCUCUCACUGCACACCCUGUGAGUUCUACUCACCCAGCUGUCGGGGCCUGGCUGAUGGUAUGAACGUUCACAGCUUGAGGAUGUGGUCCCCGGAUUUUGCUGUUUGUAAAGACCAGCGACUUGUGAACACUAGCACCUGUCCUGGGGAUAGAGUGAGCAGUCGUCGGUUGUUCUCUCCUGUCCUCGGGAGAUGCGCCAACCUGUAUGAAGUACCAGUGGAAUAUGGCGGCUACUUCCUCAACUGCACGGGUCGCGCUGACGGUUUGUACCUCGAUGACGUCACCAACAGGCCAGACUUAUACUUCCGGUGCACUUCGGGGGUGAGAACGGAAGUCUCUUUGUGUCCAAGCGGACAAUAUUUUGAUGUUCAUUCUUCUUCCUGCCGGCCUCGUGUCUAGUGGACUCAGUUCAAGCUUCUCCGUAAAGAAGUUCAAGAUCGUCGGCUUUCGUUCAAACUACCCGUUCUUUGCAUUACAGCUAAUUUUAAUUAAAUCGACCUGAAAUCAG